ACGAAAUUUGGGCGGCUCCAGGGCGGGAGGCCCGUGCGGGGUAGUUCCCCAUCUGUGCACGCGUGACGUCGAUCGCCACGGAGAGCCCCCGAACCAGGAACCAACGCCGAUAAUCUUUGCCCUCACAAGGAUGCCCGCGCUUUCGCCUUCCAACUGCUCGGAGCGGCCCCUGUCAUGAGCAAUAUAACUCACACAUGAAUUUCGGUGUGUCUUUUGCAUGGUCGCUGCCUCGGUCCGUCCCAGCCAACAUCAUCAUGCAUCGCGAUCUACACGGCAUCUUCCCAGUUGCUCCUCACGCGCGCCGCACGCGACUUUCUUAUCGCAGGCGCACGAAAAGCUCAGCUCCCAGAGCUAUGAGCUUCGCCGUCUCUGCUACUCCUCAGUUACUCGCCCAUCAUGUUGGUUAGACCCUUCCCCAGGCUCAUUGUCCUCAUUGGACCUCUGCUCGUCUUUGGGUAUAUGUUCUUCGUCUACUUUGAUGGAGAAUCCGCAGUAGAGAACUGGUCAAAAGCGUUCCGUAAUCACGAUGAGACCGCGCCCCAGUAUGGGCCCGAAAACCGGCCCACGACGACCCAAGAACCUGAGCUCUUGCUACAGGAGGUCGACGACGCAGGCGAAGCCAUUGUCGAUUCCUCCCAAUAUCGAGAAGUCUUUUCGGUCUCCACCGCCGACCGGAAAUACUUCACUAUCGACUUCGGUCCAGAUUACCCAGCAUUGAACCCGAACAUCAUUCCUCACCCGCACGAGCCUGGCACUUGGAUCAUCGUGGCGCAGCGCGAAAAGGACGGGGACGCGAUCUUCGAAGAGGUUGUCUGCAAUGCAAAGUUCCAACCUGACGGCAAACUUGCCUGCGCAACCGAACCUGCUAUUCUUCCCGUCACCACUACCAACUUCGGUAAUUGCUUGGGCGAGCUAGAUUUCUUUGGAAACAGCGUUGGCCCGCAUGACAUGCGUGUAUUCUACGGACCAGACGCGCCCUUCGUAAUGUUUGGCUCGCAAUCUGCACAUGCGUGCUUUGGUCUCUGGGCCCAGGAUCUCCGCCCCUUAGUGCCCGACUUCGCGCUUGAAGCGCUCGCCACCACUCUCUUCAAAACGUCCACGGAGCUGCAGCGCCCACCGCCAUGGGGCCAGGUCGAGAAGAACUGGUUCAUGUUCUGGGACCCGCAGGGCAACGCCUACGUGCACCACGACGUGGAGCCCAAGCGCGUCUUCUCCCAGCUGUUACCAGACGGCUCUGUAGGCCCUAAUCUCGCACCUCUCGCCGCCUCCAGCGACGACGCCUGCAUGGCGAAGUACAUGCCGCAGCCGGCGCCCGCCAACGAAAACCUGCACCAGGCCACCAACUCGCUCGCCAUCACGCUCUGCGCGCGCAGCGACCCGGCCUGCCGCCCCUCCGCCGCCAACACCUUCGUCAUGGCCCUCUUCCAGCACAAGAAAUGGGCCGCCUGGCACGCCAUGUACGAGCCGUACGUCCUGCUCUUCCAGCAAUCGCCGCCCUUCGCCGUCCACGCCAUCGCCCAGAAGCCCCUCUGGAUCCACGGCCGCGGCCCGCUGACGAGCACCACCGACAUCCCCAAGUGGAAGAACUUCGGCCAAGAGCUGCCCAAGGAGCACUCGGAGAUGUUCUAUGUGACGAGCAUGAGCUGGAAGGCCGCCGGGCAGCGGUAUCAUGGGUAUGUCGAUGAUGUGCUGUUUUUGGCGUUUGGCGUGGAGGAUGCGAGGAGUGGCGGGAUUGAUGUUACGGCGGGGGAUUUGUUGCUGGAUUUGGGGGUUUGUGGGGCGGAGGGGGGUGCUUGA